AUGGUCUCCUUGUUCAAGUUCGCCUUAUUUGUCAUCAUUUUCGGUGUAGCCAUUGCGAAGAAUCGUGCUACGGGACCAUUUCGUGCCUUGACCACGCGAAAUCUUCAAGAUGUCGCUAUUUUCCCAUCAAGAAUGCCCGAUUCCCCUACUGGCCACAAAUUUGCCAGCGCAGUAGCGAAAAAAUUAAGUUUGUCCAAAGUCACUGAAGAGAUGGCGCUACAAGUAUUGAAGGACAAUGAGGCAGAACUUUAUAGAAUGCUAUAUCUUAAGUUUUCAGACCGUCAAGCGUUUCGACACAUCGCUGGCAAGAAGUAUGCGUUUACGGAUUCCCAUCUUUCGCUUGAUUAUGACGACCAUAUCUUGUAUCAACUGUAUGUGGAAAUUAAUAAAGAGGCAAGAAAAAAACAAUUUGUUCGAAGCGACGCAUUUUGA